CAAAACGCAGUGAAUCGUUGUCAAUUUUGUUCUUUACUUUUCUCUGUCAAACCAAAGCCCCAACAACAAUGGCGACUGUUGAAUCUCCAAACUCUGUUCAGAAAAUUGUUGUUCAUCUAAGAGCUACCGGUGGUGCUCCGAUACUGAAGCAAUCUAAAUUUAAGAUUUCAGGGACUGAUAAGUUUGCUAAAGUGAUUGAAUUUCUAAGACGACAGCUUCACUCUGACUCAUUGUUUGUGUAUGUAAACAGCGCUUUCUCGCCUAACCCGGAUGAAUCAGUCAUUGAUCUCUAUAAUAACUUUGGGUUUGAUGGUAAAUUGGUGGUUAACUAUGCUAGUUCCAUGGCAUGGGGUUAAGUUGCAGCUCAUGUAGUCUCAGUCUAAAACAUGGAUCUGCCAGAUGCUGAUGAUGAUGAUUCAAGUUGCUACUAUCUUUGAUAGGAGAAUCCAAGUGUAAAUGAGACUUGUUUGUACAUCCUUAGGAAUGGCUCUUCAUAAUUUUAUUUCCCUGAAUUAGUACAUGACAAAAGUACCAGUUUUUGUGUGAUUCUCUUAUAUAGUCCUUAGAGAUUUGAUUCAAUCAAAGUAAAUAAUGCUCAUCUUCUAUGA